ACCAAAGCCUGGGAGCUAUAAGGAAAUCCAAUCAAGUGUGUCAGUUCUGUCAACUGCGUUCAGUAUUCGCUGUCUGGAGAGCCAUCACAAGAAACACCAAUAAUCACAUCAUAUGACUCGUCGCUUGCGUGGCUCUACUUCCAACCCUACCAAUGGCUACCAUACGCGAAUGGGAUACAUUGACCUGCACGUUAGGUUUCUCUUUUUUCUCCCUCCCUCCAUCACAUCAUACCAUCUACCCAUUUCUCAUCACUAGGCUUUUCCUCUUGAUCAAGCCAACCAAAUUUUCGUCACCUGCAAGAAAAGAAAAAUCAAAAUAUGUCGACCAUCUUUACCACCUUCGCGGGCGUUGUUAUUCGAUGAUUAACAGAAUCAUGUACACUCGUCCAUCAGCGAGCUUGGCGCCGAAAUGCGUCAUUGAGGGUCAUUCCAAAAUCAUUUGGAGCCUUGCCUGCUUGGGCACCAGUUUGGCUGUAUCUCCGGAUGAGACGAUGGUUGUGAGUGGAAGUCUGGACGGCAGACUAUGGCUGUGGAACAUAAAGAAGGGCAGGAUGGUUGGCGAUCCGUGGGAGGGCCAUAAUGGUCAAGUGAGGUGCCUCGACUGGUCUCCUAAUGUCCUAGAGAUAGCAAGUGGAUCGACCGACGGCACCAUACGACGCUGGAACUCGGAUACUGGUCGAUAAAUAGCACCACCGAUAGAGACCGGCCAAGGAAGGGUUUGCGCUGUCAGAUACUCUCCACAAGGGGACGAAUUCACAAGCGACGGGAAGGACAAAGUAAUCUACAUGUGGUCAAAGGACGGCGAGCUGCUCAUGAAGAUCGAGGGCCACGACAGCGAUGUAACGUAAUUAUGUUGGUCCAAGGAUGCCGCACACAUAUUCUCCGUGUCAGUCAAUCCCACCAUUUGAAAAUGGCGGUCGCCGAUUGAUGGGAAGGAGCUAGGGUCAUGACCACGAACCAGCUAGUCGGCAACCCG